AUGCAAAUUCUACAUCUUCAUCAUCACCUCUGGAUCUUAUUAUUUGGAAUCCUUGGCAACAUUGCAUCAAUCUUUGUAUUUCUGGCACCAGUGUCAACAUUUAUUCAAAUUUGCAGAGCCAAAUCAACAUUGGAUUUUCAUUCGGUGACAUAUAUUCUCACACUAUUUUCUUGCAUGCUCUGGGUGUACUAUGGUUUCAUCAAGAAGAAUGCCACUCUUUUGAUUUCCAUCAACUCAAUAGGGAUCGUUAUGGAGACUAUCUAUAUCCUCAUUUUCCUUGUCUUUGCAUCAAAUCAAGCUAAGCGUCACACAUUAUUGAAGGAAUAUUUUCUAUGCAGGGGAGGAUUCUCUUUAAUUUUCCUGGUCUCAUGGUAUAUAUUUUCGGGUGUAGUUCGUGUUAACAUUGUUGGAUGGAUUAAUAUGGCCAUCUCUGUGGCUGCUUUGGCUUCACCCAUUAACAUAGUGCUUCAUGUGCUUCAAACUAAGAGUGUGGAGUUCUUGCCUAUCUACUUCUCCUUCUUCUUCACAUUGAGUGAAAUUAUGUGGUGUAGCUAUGGUUUGUUAUUGAAGGACUUUUAUAUCGCGAUGCCAAACAUCUUUGGAUUUUUCUUGGGAUUCAUACAAAUUUGGUUGUAUGUGAUCUACUGGAGGCCAAAUUCAGUUGCACCAGAAAAUGAAAAUGUGGCUGAUCACGUAAUGGAUGUGGAGAUGUUAAGGAUGCCUGAUCAAUUGGUGCAACAUGAUAUGAUGUGGAUUCUAGGAGAAGUUUAA